AUGGACCUCGCCGUGACGCUCAUCAAGUCCGUCAUGCGGGCGUUCUAUCCGACGCGCGACAUCCUACUCGUCGACGCCUUGGUACUUCACGAAGCCCUUCGUGACGACCACCUCGCCUAUCUCAUGGCCAUCAAUACCAAGGACCUACAUGAAAUCUGCGGCAAACUGAGCGAAGACCGUUUCUUGGCCAUGCACACGAGGCAGGAAUUGCGUGAAGGGAAUCUCCGGCCUAGUAAUCGCACGUGGUACUACAUCAAUUAUCGCCACACCAUUGAUGCUAUCAAGUGGCGAGUCUACAGCAUCGACAGGGAGGUGCAGGGAAGCACUGUUGCGGCUAAUGAGAAGAAAGAGUAUAUCUGCACGUUUUGCAAGGCCGAGUGGACGACCAUGGAAGUUCUCGACAACUUUAGCCCUAACGGCUUUCUGUGCCACCGUUGUUAUCACACAUUGACAUCUGAGGCAGACCGGAAUUCCGGAGGACACGAGCAAUCGUCGCGUCUACACCACCAGUUCAAGUUCAUCAGCGAGCUUCUCCCCAAGAUUGACGCCGUCUACAUCCCGGAGUGCGACUUCGAUCGGGCGCUCUCGAAGGCCCGGCCGGUUAUUCGCGAUGCCACGCACCAGCGCGCCGCAACGGUGCCCGUCGAGGGAGGCGGGAACCAGCCCACAGCUGUCAAAGGCCUGGCCAACACAGGACCACAGUCCAUCACCGUCAACAUAUUGACGUCGGACGGGCCCUCCGAGGCGGACAAGGCGGCGGAGAAGGCUCUCAAGGAGAAGAUUGCCGAACGGAACGCACUGCCGGCGUGGAUGUCCAACAGCACAGUGACCGGCGAAUCUUUCUCGGGAGCGGCCGCCACCGACGAGGUCUCCACGGUCAAAAGUGAAGCGAUCAAACAUGUUGCUAAGGGCAUGUUACAGGAUGACAACGCUAGCGCACAGAUUGAUGGCAUCUGUGAGAAGCUAAAGGCAGAGCAAACUGCGGAGAGAGCACGGGAGGCGGGGAAGAAAGAUGGCGGAGAUGAUGACGACGAGGAUGACGAUGAGUUUGGUUCGGACGAGGAAGACGAGUUCGAGGACGUGCCAGCAACGGCCACUAGCUCGGGCUAG